CUGUGUUUAAAGGCGAUUGGCAUUAACAGCUAGCCCCCUAGUUCCUCCAGGUUUAUAUACCCAUGGAACGUAGGCCAACUAACCACUAGCACUAGGUCACCCUGGCUACGUGUGAUUUCAUCCUGUGUGAAAUGUGAUGCCGAAACGUAGCGAACUCGCCACACAGCGGCUGUGUAGAGUACAAGCGCUUUGCAUAUCCUGUUUCUUAAACUCAGUCCAGUGGCGGUGGCUACUGGCUAGCUAGCUUACAAGCUAGAUGAUCUGUAAGUGUGGGGGAAAAGGACUUAUUGACAGCGCUUGACGUAAGCCUGUGUUGAUGUUAACGGAGCGGAGUUGAAGAGAAGAUGGACGGGUUUGCAAGUGACAUGUUGAGUGGUGGCCGGGCGUUGCUCGGCGAGGACAGCUCCGUCAUGGCGCGCAUGCAGAAGAAGUUCUGGAAGACGAAGCAGGCUCUGAUCAAGGCGACUGGGAAAAAGGAGGACGAAUACGUGGUGGCAUCGGACGCUGACCUCGACGCCAAACUGGAGUUCUUCCGUUCGGUCCAGACCACCUGCACUGAGCUGCUGAAGGUGAUUGAAAAAUACCAGCGCAGAAUCACACAUCUGUCUCAGGAGGAGAAUGAGCUGGGCUUGUUCCUGCGGUUCCAGGCGGAACACGACCGCACCAAGGCUGGCAACAUGAUGGACGCAACCAGCAAGGCUCUGUGUGCCUCGGCCAAGCAAAGGCUCGCCCUGUGCCCGCCCCUACAGCGAAUGGAGCAGGAGGUGGAGACGUUCCGGCGCCGUGCGAUCGCUGACACGUUGCUGACCGUGACCCGGAUGGAGAAAUCCAGGACGGAAUACCGUGGAGCACUGCUCUGGAUGAAAGACGUUUCCCAGGAACUGGAUCCCGACACCUACAAACAGCUGGAGAGGUUCCGCAAGGUUCAGUCCCAGGUCAGAGGUUCUAAGGAGCAGUUUGAGAAGCUGAAGAACGAUGUUUGUCAGAAGGUGGACAUGCUUGGUGCUUCCCGAUGUAACAUGCUGUCCCACUCCUUAAGCACAUAUCAGACUACCCUCCUACAGUUCUGGGAGAAGACGGCCCAAGUGAUGAGUCUGAUCCAUGAGUCGUUUAAAGGUCAUGUCUCCUACCAGUUCAACACCCUGAAGGAGCUCCGGGAACCCCUGGAACAGCAGACUGAGCUGCAGAUGCACACUGACGACCAUGACGAGACACUGCAGGACGCCCCAGACCAUCUUGUCUCCUUGGAUGAAGAAAGACCUGCAGAAUCAGCCUCUGACGCCUGCUCUGCUGCUCCUGGACAGACUCACACAACUGACACCCUUUGUACUCUCAGUGGGCAGCAGAGUACAGCCAGCACCGACGAUGACUUGUUGCUCAUGGCCUCUGACCUGCCCCCACCUCAGCUAGGGCCUGACCCCCUGCAGCCCCUGGCCCCUCCACCGUCCACAGUGCCCUCUGGUGGUCCCUGGGGGUUUAGAGACUCCAGCCUCACACAGCUCUCUCUGCAUGGGAGCCUCUCUGGAGGAGACCUCCUAUCUGGAGGAGCUACCCAGCAGCAGGGUCCUGGGGUGGGGGUCAGGGCCCGGCCAGAGGAGGAGGAUGUGGCCUUCCUGAAAGACCUCCUGAGCCCUGGACCAAUGGGAGCAGACGAGUUCAGUCGAGAGUGGCAAGAUGCCUUCGGCUGCUUUGAGUCCUCUUACCCCGCCCCCCUUACUCCUCCCACCUCAGGCCCUCCACCUCCCUCUGCUGAUGCGGCCUGCCCCCCCUCUAAGCCUCCCAGUCCUACCGGCUUCCUACCCUCCCAGCUGCUGGAUCGCAGCCUGAGAUCCACAGGCUGGGCAACUCCUCCCAUGUUCCAGGCUCCUCCCCUACAACCACCAGCCUCUGCCCACGUCCAAUCGGUUCAGGAUGGCCCCAAAUCAACAGCCAAUGUCCCUACAGGUGUGUCACGGGACAUGUCUGAGUGGUUCAACCUGUUUGCAGAUCUGGAUCCUCUCUCCAACCCUGAUGCCAUUGGACGCUCUGAAGAUGACAUCCUCAACGCCUGAGGAGUGUGUGGUCAGGAUGGCUGGAUUCCACACCCUCAUGCCUUUCUGCUUUACAAAACCAUCCGUCCAGGGUUCUUCUGAGUGGCUGCCGUGGGUUAUGGCCGUUCUGCACAGUAAUACAGGCUGAUAUUGUCCAUAUUGACACAUGCACCAAUGAGGGGAAUGGCUGAUGUGUGGCCUGAUUGAACCGUAUUGUGGGGUUGAUGUGGUGGAGAUUAGUUGUUUCAUGCUUAAAGACUGGUGAUUGGUCAGAUAUUCACAUAACACAGGGAAUUGCCGAAGUGGUAGAAAAGUCUGCAGUGUUUCUGGAAGGACGGACUAAGACUCUAAUAAAGUGGAUCUUCUCAGAUGACCACAAAUAUCAUUCCCUGUGUGGAGCUACCGUAUCUGUUUUUCUUGUGAACGCUGGGAAAUGUAUUCCCCAAUAUAAGAAUCGAUCAUAUCGGCUUUGUUUUAUCCUAAAUAAGAUUGAAAUGUGUCGACAUGAGUGAUGUAGAAUUGCACAGUCAGGGUAUAUUAAGGAUUUAGCCCUGAGCCCCCUGAUCACAACACUACUCUGGUCACAGGGAACCUGGAUAUUAUUGACUGUUAAGAUAUUGACUAUUGUUUCUAUUAUUGGUAUUAUUGGUUGUUAUUGCUGGUGAUCUAUUUAUUCAAAAUGCUGUAUCUGAUUCUUCUGUCCUGGUAUCAGAAAAUCUUUAUUCAACCCUGUCAUUACUAUAUUAUAACACUACUGUAAUUAUUCUAUAAAACUGCUCAUGUAGGAAGAUGUUUUAUACUGUUUGGUUUAUUUCUGUACUGUGCAGUCACAUCCAUUUCUACUUCACUGGAGAAUGAUCUCUCGUUCCUAUAAACUUUUGUUCAUUUGAUAACUCAUAAAGCUGUUCCACACUGAAUUAUUAUUAUUAUUAUUAUUAUAUGGGAACUAAACUGGAUGUCUCAUGGUUACCAAACUGGAUGUCUCAUGGUUACCAAACUGGAUGUCUCAUGGUUACCAAGGCAGGUUAUUGACUGGGAUGACUUGUUUUUAUCAGUGUGGGUAUUAUUGUGCAUUUGGCGGGGUGCAGUUGCUUUACAUACAGACCAGAAUGUUUACCAAUCACAGAUGCUUUUUAUUCAACAAUGCCUUAUAUCUCACUUAAAUGAUUAUGUUUGUCAAAGGAUGAAACAGGCUCUCUGAAACAUCAUGGGAGGAAAGGUUCUGUUUGAACAGUCAUUAAAGGAACAUAAUUAAACUGCUUUGAAGUUUU